GUUACGGAAAAUAGCUAGAAGAAUUGUUUAUGCAGAAUAAACUUCUCUCUGCUGUCCUCCCAUGACUACAGAAACGCUCAUCUUUCUUUUCCUGCUUUUCUCCCAAACUUGCAAUGGAAGGGAUACAAGUCUCUGUGCCUCUUCUUCAUGUGGCAAUAUCCACAACAUUAGUUACCCUUUCCGAUUACAAACUGAUCCAAACAAUUGCGGAGACCAUAGAUUUGAACUUUCUUGUGAAAAUAAUUUCACUGUGUUAAAUCUAUUCCGAGGAAGAUACUAUGUUCAUUCCAUUAAUUACGAUAACUUCACAAUCCGACUGGCGGAUGCGGGCGUCCAUCAAGAUGAUUGCUCCUCCUUUCCUCGUUUUCCUUUGCCAGUUGAUUAUUAUUAUGAUGAUGAUGAGAUUGUUCCAUAUUCCAAUUAUAAAUACCAAUGGACAAAGUCAGAAGAAGACAAAUGGGCUAAGUUGGGAGAACCUCCCAUGUUAUCGCAGAUGAUUAUUUUCAUCAAGUGCCCAAAUCCAGUGUACUCUCCCCUUUACGUGGACACCGCUCCUUGCGUUUUACGUGGAUUCAAUUCUUCUGUAUCUGCUUUGAAGAGGCACUACUCUUAUGUAAAUAUAGGAGACAUGAAGGCAUCUGAUUUGAAGGAGUUGUGCAGCGUGGAGAUGAUGAGUUUGUUUCCUGUUACGACAAAGAAGAAUAUGUCCUUGUUUGAAAUUCACAGGGAACUUGCAUUUGGGUUUCAGCUUUCCUGGCACAACAUCUUCAAAUGUGAAAAGUGUGAUGAUAAUAGGUGCUAUCUGGACAGCAGAAACAGUGUUCGAUGCAUGAACCUGCCGGCUGUUGGAAUCAUCUACUCGAUAGGAGCGGAUUUGGAAUUCAUCUCGAUUUAUGGCGGAAAGCUUCUUUUUUUGCUUCUUGCUGCAAGAUGCUUAUGUGGGACUCCAUGUGUGAUGGCAUUUAUCAUUUAUAAAUGGCGAAGGAGACAUUUAUCAGGAUACAAUACCAUUGAAGAAUUCCUUCAGAGUCACAAUAACCUCAUGCCAAUAAGAUAUUCUUAUUCAGACAUUAAAAAGAUAACAGGAGGUUUCAAGGAAAAGUUGGGAGAAGGAGGCUUUGGUUCUGUGUAUAAAGGAAAGCUUCGUAGUGGUCAAUUUGCUGCAGUAAAGAUAUUAAAUAAACCCAAAGAUGAUGGACAAGAUUUUAUCAAUGAAGUCGCUACAAUUGGGAAGAUUCACCAUGUUAAUGUGGUACAAUUGAUUGGUUUUUGUGCUGAGAGAUCAAAGCAAGCUCUUAUAUAUGAAUUCAUGUCUAAAGGAUCUCUUAAUAAUUAUAUUGAUUGUCAUAAAGGAUCCGUUUCCUUAAGUUGGGAAAAACUAUAUAAGAUAUCACUUGGAGUUGCUCAUGGCAUUGAAUAUCUACAUCUAGGUUGUGACAUGCAAAUCCUUCAUUUUGACAUCAAACCUCACAAUAUUCUUCUUGAUGAAAAUUUCACUCCAAAGAUCUCUGAUUUUGGCCUUGCUAAAUUUUAUCCAACUAAGGGAAGCAUUGCAUCUCUUACAGCUAAAAGGGGAACAUUAGGAUAUAUGGCACCAGAGAUAUUCUACAAAAACAUUGGACGUGUCUCACAUAAGGCAGAUGUGUAUAGUUUUGGACAGUUGGUGUUAGAAGUUGCAGAUAGAGGGAAGAAAGUAAAUGGAUUUGCUGAAAGUUUGAGUGAAGUUUAUAGUCCAUUUCGGGUUUAUGACCAACUCUCUAGUGCAAAUUUACCAAUAGAAGAGACAGCGGAAGAGGAAAAUAUAAAAGCUCGGAAAAUGAUUAUAACAGGAUUAUGGUGCGUACAGUUUCAACCUUCCGAUCGUCCAGCAAUGAACAAAGUUGUAGAGAUGCUUGAAGGAGAUAUUGAAAGCCUACAAAUGCCUCCUAGGCCUGUUCUAUUUCCUGCAGAUUCAGUGACUACAGAAUCGAAUAGCCUGGCUGAAAUCCAAAUCAAGGGACCUUAGGAAAUAUUCUGCUCAGUGUGACAGGGGAAGGCUAACAUACCACUCAUUAAAAGAGCAGUCUUUCAUUUCAAAUGAUGGAACAAUAAUCUUCUUCCUCUUGUAUCCUUUAAAAUUGCUCUAAACACUAGAGUUAAUUGAUGAAUUGAUGAUAGUUUGUAAUAAUUCUAUGUUUAAAUUGCAAGUGAUCGCUACUUA